AAAGAAAUGUUGUGGUUUUUGGCGGGUUACCGUAUAUUCUGCUGGAGCUUUACUACAAAUGGAAAUGUACAUAAAACGUGAAUAAUAUGGAUAAUUCACAAAGUUCUAAUGUGUUUUCCGAUGGUGAAGUUUUAACUUGCGACAGUUCUGUGGAAGCAUGUCAGAUGGAAACGGUUAGCUAUGAAAAUCUUGUGUUUAAUACAAAGCAUUGUCUCUCUUCAAACAUUCUAAAAGAAAUACACAAGCCUUCAUUUGGUGCGUACUUUUCUACUGUUCUCGAUAACUGUGGAUCUUGUAUUACUCAGAGUCUAGAUUUAGUACUAGAGCUGCUAUCGGAGACAGAUACCAUAGUACCCCGAUUGUGUGGGUACUUAGAUGAUGCAGUACACAUCCUCCGACAGCUGGCUGGGUUCAUCACAACAGUUAUUGAGUCCAUUUCUAUGUCCUGUUGUAGUAUGCAGACAUUUCCCAUUGCUACUGGGAAUAUUAUAAAGACUGUAUUUUCUCAUUGUAAAGACAGUGAAUCUAUUUAUGGGAGUAAUUUGAAAAAUGUUGAGAAGCAACUGAAGGAACUGUUUAGGAACUGCCAUGAGUUGCAGCUCACCUACUUGAUGGUUUUGGAAAAGCACUUCAUCUUUGAUUUAACUGAAAAUGAUGAGCUUAACAUACUUCUUCAUGCUCUGGAUAUAAAUUUGCAAAUUGGUGAGAUUGUUCAAACAUUAGAUGUGAAAACUAUGGCUGAACAGUGGAAGGCAUACACCAUGAUUUGUGAAAAACAUAAAGAUUAUUUGAUGGAUCAACAUAUUUAUCAAAACUGUACGAAGAUACUCUGCUCAAUGGUUGAAAAAAACAUAAAAACUGCUCUUGAGGUACAACAAGAAGAGAAGGUCAUUUUGAGAUCACUAAAAGUAGGGAAUUUUACAAUGAAGAUUUUAAUAAAAGUUCAUAAUAUUUUCAAACAUGCAACAGAGAAAAAUUAUAAUUACAUUGUGGAGUUGCUUCUUUAUAUUUACUUAAAUAAUCCCAGUUACCUAACAUUUAUAUGCGAAAAAUCACCUCAGUUUAUUAAUUUGGUGAAAUCAAAUGUUUUAAAUCCAUCGGAUGCUCUUCUUAAGGAAAUGUUAAUGGAAGAAAAGUUUGUAAAUCAUUUACAUAAUAUAGACCUCAAUGGACUGGAAAACAAAGACAACUUGCUGGGUUAUGUCAUAUUUAUUAUGUCUGCGAUUAAAUCUGGGUUACAAGAAAAUAAUACUAGAUAUAAUAAGUACAAAAUAAUUGACUGUGUCUUCAGAUGGCUGCCUUAUGGACACAUUUGGUUUAAUAUGGGCCUGAAAUUCGAAGCCAUAGGAGAAGUCAAAUGCAACUCUUUCGGUUUAUAUGAACAACUACUUACCCACAUGUUUGUACUAGCAUGUACAUGUGAUUCAGAAGAAAUUAAUCAUUUACAACAAAAAAUAUAUGAAAGUAUACUCAGUGCUAAUUGUUAUAGUGCUUUGUUUUCUUCAAAUCUUUUGGAACUAUUAGUUAGAUCAAGCUCUAGGUCUUUCUUAAUGGGUCAGAUAUCAUCACUGACUACAACAUACCAAAAAUUGGAAAAUUAUCAGUUAUUCGCUGACUCACCGCAAUAUGUCCACAUAAGAUACACUUUAAGAUCAUUAUACAAAUAUUUACACACUGAACAUAAAAUACGAAUGUAUAAUAAUCAAUUAAUUUGUGAUGAAAAGAACUUCGGCCUUUGGAGUGCCAUAGGAAUCAAGUCAUUACCAGAAGAGUUGCAAAGUAGAGUUGAAGAACAAAUAGUAGAAACGCUUAAAAAUAAGCUGCAUAAAGUUUUGAAUUCUGGUGUUCAAAGUCCUGAUGAAAUUGAGAGCCUUGUAAAAAUAAUGAAUGUGUGUGCUACAUGUUCUCUGAUCGACCACACGGAUACAUUAGAAGACUACGUAAUCAAAGCUUGGACAAAAAUGUGUCCCAAUAAUAGUAAAUUUCUGCUACCAAAUGGUGCCCUCGUCAUGGGAUGCGUGUGGUAUUUGAACUAUAUAGAGGCACUAGUGUCUUUAACUAUAGCCAUGAAAUGUAUUUUAGCAACUGGAGCUAACAUGAUUAAGGUGCAUCAUGUGGUAUCCAGUAUGAUACAAGAAGGCAACACAGAAGUGAAACUAGUUCUUAUAAAAUUAUUCUUCACCAUGAUGCUUACGCCAGUCUGUGAUGAAAACAAACGCGCGGUGGACACGCUAUUAUUAAGUACAUUCAAAAGCUUAUUCGAACAAAAUGAUAUUGUUGUUAAAAACAGGUUUUUCAGUGCCCUAAGGAAGCAUAUAUCGGACAAGAAUAUAGAAAGAAUAAUUUCCAAGGUCGUCAACGAAAACAGUACUUUACAAAAGACGUGGCAAACCUAUACAAAACGUGGAACAUUGAAUGAAAAUGUCGAUUUGAAGACGCAGUUGAUCGGCACAAUCGAUUUCAAAUACAGACACAAAUGCCUCGAAAGUGUUUGUAUGGAAUCGAGUGACUCUGAAUGUGUUACUAAUAAGGCGAACAGUAGCAAUUUCGAUUUCGCCGAUAUAGACACGCUGUUUGAAGCAGAGAGCGAUUCGGAACCUGCGUGCAAGAAAGUGAAACUAGAUACGAGUGAUGUGGAAGAAAUUAUCGCUCGGUUGGAGAAUGACGCUUCUCAGCUCAGUCAAGUGAAAGAAAAUGUUUUUACUCGAGAUUACAAGGACAGAGUUAUAGGAGUAUGUGAAAUGUUGAGAAAUAUAAUUGAUUGAAGUUAUUGUUGAA